AUGUCAGAGGACCUCGCGUACAAGAUAAUAGUGAUUGGUAAUGUGGGUGUAGGGAAGAGCAACGUCUCGUCGCGGUACUGUGACGGGACAUUCUACGAGGACAUUGUCCCAACCAUCGGCAUGGACUUCAAGUACUGUCAGAGCAGAACACUAGAGAAAAAGCCCCGCACGGUGCGGCUGCAGAUUUGGGACACCUCCGGCCAGGACCGCUUUGUUGCCCUGACCACGGCGUUUUACCGGAACUGCAACGGUGUCAUGCUGUGCUUUGACAUCACAAACCGCCUUUCCUUUGAGGAUCUCAAUGGGUGGUACGAGCGCCUGGAGGCCAACUGUCCCGAGAUGCCGCCCGUCAUCCUGGUCGGGUGUAAGUUGGACCUUGUUCACAGCGCUGACGGGAACGACAGCGGCAUCUCGUUAGGGAGCCAGCGCCAGGUUGAGAAGAGCGAGGCCGACGCGUGGGCGCGCGGCCACGGCUGCCUCUGCUACCUGGAAACGAGUGCGAAGGAAAACACAAACGUUGACGAGGCAUUUCAGCAGCUAGCGACGUACGUUGCGCAGAAUACGACGCCGACGGUGGAGGGGGGUCGUAGCGGUAUUAAUGGCCGCGAUGGAAGGCCAAUCCACCGCGGCGCUGAACCUAAAAAAGGCUGCUGUAGUUCCUUCUAG